AUGCCCCAAUCAGACCAGGACACAGUGAAUUACUCCGACUCGGACACAAUCGUCAGAGUUCUAAAGGAUGCAGUCGUUGGUCGCCUUAUUCACCAUCCUGAUCGAUCUUUUGCCCUUCAGGUCGAGCUCGACCUUGUGAAAGGUGCUAGCUUCUUCGACAAGAAGCCUCCUCUGCACUUCCAUCUCCAGGAAGAGUACAUUGAGGCUGUCCGGGGAAAGCUUGCCGUCGAAAUCGAAGGCAAAGAGAUUGUUCUGACGCCAGCGGACGGGAGGUUCUCCAUCAAGCCUUAUGUAAACCACCGCUCGUACCCCCUCCCAAUCUCAGAACAGGACGACGGCAACACCAAAGUGGCGUUCCUACUGUCGGGAGAGAAGACAGAUAAUGUCUUUGAACUAAACCCAGUGUUCUUCGAGAACUGGUACAAAUAUCAGGAUGAGGUUGUGGUAAAAGGAGCCAAAAUCGACCUAAUCCAGCUGUUCUGCACAUUUGACGCAGGAGGAACGUACGUAUCGUUUCCCAGCUGGGUGCCGUUUGGACAGUAUGUGUCACUUGGACUAGGGGUGGUGGUGGGUCGGUGGAUUGGCAGCGGCUUACUUGGGUAUCAGCCGUUUUACCGCAAGUGGACGACAGACUGGGAUCUUGCGUGCCAGAGAAUGCAGCAAACGAUCUUUCAGAGGCGAUUUGCGGACCGCACGAAGACUGACUAG